AUGGUUGAUAUCACACCUGCUUCGAGAACUGGUCUAAUCCUUUCUGCUAAUGCCGGUUCUUCUUCGCUCAAGAUAUCUCUCUACGAACUCGUGGGUGAUAAUGCAGAAUCACCCAAGUUGCUCCUGACUUCGUCGAUCUCCAAUAUCACUACUCCACCAGUCAAGUUUUUGUUUCAACCGCUGGAAAUCUCCACGACGUGUCGGGUCAAGAACGAGGAAGUUCCGACCAUUACAGAGCAUGCAUCCGCCUUUGCCCACUUCCUUGAAUCCCUCCAGAGUGAAGCGGACAUUGACAAGGACAGAAUUGUCCAAGUCUGCCAUCGUGUCGUUCAUGGCGGAGACUAUACUGAUGCCGUCGUCAUCAGCGACGGGACUUACCAUCAUAUUGGAAAGCUAUCUGACCUGGCACCCUUACACAACGGAGCCGCUCUUGCUGUUAUCAAGUCUUGCAUUUCCGUCCUUCCCAAGACGAAUUCGAUCGCGUUCUUUGAUACGGCUUUUCAUCGUUCCAUUCCGCCGCAUAUUGCGAACUAUGCCAUUGAUCAGGCAAUCGCGAAGAAACGGGGUCUAAAGAAAUACGGAUUUCACGGUCUCAGUUAUGCAUUCAUAUUGCGCGCAGUCGCGCAAUUUCUCAACAAGCAUCCGCCAUCCGCGCUCAAUUUGAUCAUACUCCAUCUUGGGUCUGGCGCGUCUGUGUGUGCUGUGAAAGAGGGGUGUUCUUAUGAUACAUCAAUGGGUUUAACGCCACUCAAUGGGCUUCCGGGGGCAACUCGUUCCGGUGCGAUUGAUCCCAGUCUCAUCUUUCACUACACCAACAAGGCGGGAAGGAUAAGUCACGACCCCAAAGUCGCGACGCAGCUGCACGUUACUCAGGCCGAACACAUCUUGAACUCCAAGUCGGGGUGGAAAUCUCUGACGGGAACGACUGACUUUGCGCUCACAACCAGACGCUCGAAUGAAGGUUCUCCUGUCGACCAAUUGGCUUUUGAUCUCUUCAGAGAUCGUGUCUUGAACUAUAUCGGCUCUUAUCACUUGAAGCUUGGAGGCCAGGUUGACGCGCUCGUUUCUUCAGGGGGGAUCGGAGAGAGGAGCGUCGAACUUAGGAAGGCUAUAGAGACCAAGUUAGAAUGCCUUGGUUAUUCUGGAGUGGGGGACGCCAAUGAAGACGCUAAUCAUAAGGAAGGCGUAGUCAUUGACGUGAGCAGGGGUGACCCAGAGACCAAGAAGAUCUUGAUAUGCCGGACAGACGAGCAGUUCGAAAUGGCAAGACAGUGUGCACAAGGUGACAAGUUCUGGGAGCCUGUGUAA